AUGUCAUAAUUAAGUGCUUAUAAUCUCCUUGAAGAAUUUUCGAAACAUAAUGAGGUUGAAAUACUAUCGUAUAAAGUGAAUUUUUUAUAGAAUAUUAAUGUUUUAGAAAUUGAUCCUGUAUUCUCCAAUUUCACUUAAAAAAGAGUCCUUGAUAAUAACUUCUUAUCCAAACAUUUGCAUACAUGCAAUUCCUUUAUUUAGAAAGUCUAAAAUUAGUCUGUCUAAACUGCAAUUGCUACUAUGGGUGUACCUUUCGCUCCAGAAUUGAAUGAGAUUAAUUUAAAAAAUGAAGAUCAGGUUUAUAAUUUUAUAACUUAAAAUCUCAAAGAUUCCUUUACUAUUUAUGAAAUACAACACAAUUCAAGUACAAUUUGCAUUAGCUUUUGUCCUGAAUUAGAUUCUUUUUGCAUCUCCUCUGGAACACAAACUAUUGUUUGUUAUAAUGAAAAAGAUAUUCAUUUAUAUUAAGAACCAAUGCAUGAGAGACCUAGGCAAGCAGCCUAUUAAUUUUUUAGCUUUUUCAAUAGGAUGCCAAUAAAAUAGUAGAAUAAUUUUAUUCAAGAUUUGAUGAAUAGAAGUUUAAUAGGUAGCUACAACCUUAAAAAAUAGAUUGAGUGGUUUGCUAUAGUUGAGCAUUAUUCAAACUAGAGAAUGGUCGAUCCAAUUACAGUUAAGAACUUUCUAAAUCAUUACAAACUAGUUGCUGCUUAAACUUAAUUUACAUCAUCAAGUAAAUUACAAUAACAUUUUUAUUAAAUUUAUAAUCAACCCAUUGAAUAAUUUCAUGUCUAUUAUAAAGGUAAAACCUUAUAUUUUUGGAGAGAUAAUACAUUUCUUGGAUGUUGUUUCAUUCCAUAUCGAUAAUACUCAAUUCUAAAUCAAUUCAAAUCAAUAUUAUUUAAUAAAGAAAAGUAAAAUUAAAAGGAUGAACCUUAUAAAUACUUAACUCAAUUCAAUUUAAAUGAUUAGGAUUUUGAAUUUUAUAAAAAAUACACAGAUUUGAUGUUGGAAAAUCCAGAAGCUAUUAAAAACAGAAAUCAUUUUUCCCAAUUAUCCUCUUAGAUCUUAAAAUCUAUUCGGUAAAAUGUCUAUUAUCAAUAAGAAUAAUAAAAUAAUAUUAUUACUAAUUAAUUAUCAACUAGUAUUGUUGUAAUUCCUAUAGGAAUUUCAGGUAUGGGAUACGAAAAGUUGUGUUCAUUUAUUGUAAAAGCAGGCUAAAGAGUUUAAAUUAUUAACAAGGCAGACUAAAUUAAUGACAAAAAUUAACUGUAUUUUUAUGAGAAGAUAUGCAAUCCAAAAGAAUUGGAAUAAAUCAAUAAAUAGUUAAAAUCAUUGCCAUUUACUUUAAAAACAAUUGCUCUUCUACCAGAAUGCAAUUUCCCAUAUCAUCAAAAGAAUUCAUAAUUCAAAUUUCCAUUUUCUUUCAAUUUUAUCAUGUUUUGCUUGCUAUCUGUUCUUGAUGAUAAGAAUGCAGUUAGAUAAGUCAUAAAUUAGCUGAAGGAAUUUUAAAAUUAUAAGUUAUCUAAUUUUCAAACAGAUUUUAAAGUGUAUUGUCGUUUUAUGCCAGAAUCAAAAGAAACAGAUGAUCUUUAUAGUGAAUUGGUUGAACAAGAUUUUUAUACUGCAUUAAAUUCAGAGGAUGAUUAACUAAUCGAAAGCUUAUCCUAAUAUAAAGAAACACAUAGGAAUAUAGAAGAUAACUUUUUAAAAGAUUAAUCAAAGAGAGUCAUAGCAGCAAUAGAGGAAAAUUCUCAAAUGCUGAUAAGAAAAAGUGUUUAAUUUUAAUUAGAAAGAAAUGAUAACUUAUAAUAUGGUUUAUUUAUUGAGAAUCCAGAUUGGAAUGUCAUUGAUAAUUUUAUAAAGUCUUGCUUGGAAAUCAUAGUAUAAGAUUAUCCUAAUGAUACAGGCAUUAAUAGGAUGUAUUAUUAGUAUGACAUAUAAUUCAGACCUUAAAACGCUGUGUUUAUGAAACUGAGCCAACCAUAUAUGGAAACUAAUUAACUAUAAGAGAAAACAAUAGAGGCUAAAGUUUCAAUAGCAGUGAUCAUAGUGGAUGGGAUUGUUAUGUUGCACCCUUAAGAAUUAGGAUUAGAUUUACUAUAAGAUAUUCCAAUAUAUUCUCGUAAUAUUGAUAGUUCAAAAAGCAAUAAAAUUUCAGAGCAGUUAAGAAUAGAUGUAAGAAAAAUGUAGAAAUAAAAUGCUGCAGAAGGAUAAAUUUAAAAAAAAUAAGUAGAGUUCAAUAGAAAAAGCUGGAUUGCUUAUAUGGUUAAAUAUAAGCCAAUUAACAUAAAAUUAGUAGGGAGACAAAUAAAUUGA